CGCGCAGCGCCGUGGGACGCGCGGUUGCUGCGGUAACGGCGGCGAUGGAGGGCGGCGGGCGGCCCUCGGCCGCGCAGGCCGCGCUGUUGGCCGCUAGCACCGCUCUUACCGCCCUGCUCUACUCCGUGUACCGGCACAAGGCCCGCGUCGCCCGCGGCCUCGAGGGCGCCAGGAGGGUCCGGUUGGACGGGGACCUGCGGGCCGUGCUGCUGGAGGCGCCGGGACGCUGCGUGCCUUAUGCUGUCAUCGAAGGCGUGGUGCGCUCUGUUAAGGAGACGUUGAACAGCCAGUUUGUGGAGAACUGCAAGGGUGUUGUUCAGCGAUUGACGCUGCAGGAGCACAAGAUGGUGUGGAACCGAACAACCCACCUCUGGAAUGACUACGAGAAGAUCAUCCACCAGAGAACCAACACCACCCCUUUCGACCUGGUCCCUCCAGGGGACGGUGCUGGCGUCAUGGUCCGGGUGAUGAAGCCUCUGGAUGCCAUCGAGCUCAGUCUGGAGACGGUAUAUGAGAAAUUUCAUCCCUCUGUCCAGUCCUUCACCGAUGUCAUCGGCCACUACAUCAGCGGAGAGCGCCCCAAGGGCAUUCAGGAGACGGAGCAGAUGCUGAAGGUGGGCACGGCGCUCACAGGAGUGGGAGAGCUAGUCCUGGAUAAUGCCACAAUCAAGCUGCAGCCCCCGAAGCAGGGAAUGCCCUACUACCUAAGCGCCAUGGAUUUCGACUCCUUGCUGCAGAAACAAGAAUCCAACGUCCGCUUUUGGAAAAUCCUGACUGUCAUUUUCGGGUUUGCCACCUGCACUGUCCUCUUCUUCAUUCUUCGGAAGCAAUACCGGCAUCACCAAGAGAGGCGGCACCUCAAGCAAAUGCAAGAUGAAUUCCGGCAGGCCCAGGAGCGCCUGAUGCGUGAGAUGAACAUGGAUGGCGGAGAGACACUCAAAAACGCAUGUGUUGUCUGCUUGAGCAACACCAAAUCCUGUGUUUUCCUGGAGUGUGGGCAUGUUUGCUCUUGCAACGAGUGCUACCAGGCUCUUCCCGAACCCAAAAAGUGUCCAAUUUGCCGGCAAGCCAUCUCCAGGGUGGUUCCCUUAUACAACAGCUAAAUUCCCAUGGCUGGGAGCAGCUUUUGGCGUUAAACUUCCUCUUCCAAAGGGGUUUUCUCGCCUCGCACUUGAGUGGUUGGUUUUGGGGAAGGGGAGGGAGCUUGAAUGAGCAGCGUGCUUCAACCAGGGCACAGAGCUGGGUCUUAGAAGGUGAUGAUCCAGCAGGUCAGGGCGUGUAUCAUGCUCCGGAGGAUUUGGGGGCGAGAGACGAGGAGUCCUCGCAAAGGGCAUGGUGCUCGGCUGGAAGAGGCAGUUUCUACCUCUUUGUUUGUGGCCGAUUUCUGCACUUGGCUGGCGUAGGAAAUGGAAUGUAAAGUAAUAAAAUAGGAUGC